CCCAAUCCAGACAAAGGGGACGACGGAUCCGCGGCGGCGCGCACUGAGCCUGAGCAUCUCAGCACCUUGGAUUGAUCCGACGCGCAAGAACGCACCGGCACACACGCGAGCACGCCCUCCAGAUCUACCUGAAACCUCCACGCCAGUUAAUUGUCAUUGUUGAAGGGCGAGAAAAGGGAGAUUGAACCCCGAUUUUAUUCGCAGCCUCGCCGUGUUCCCAUGAUGUCAUACCUGUGGAUUCUGCUAUUAGGAAGCCUGCUGGCUACGCACGCCAAGGCACAAGAUGAUAUAAUCCCAACAGUAGAGCCAUCUAUUGAAACUCCCACAUCUAAAGCAGAUGUAGAGGUCAUCGACCAGCAUAACCUUGGGGAGGUGGUCACUGCAACUGAGGAAGUAUUGCAGCCUGAGCCCACUGCUGACCCUGAGGCUGAAUUAAUCCAAGAAGCAAAUGCUGCAGAUGUAAGCACAGAGCCAGUGCCUACAGAUGCUCCUGCAGGGGAGGAGGGUCAAUCAGCGAGUCCUACGACUGGAGAAACAGAACCAGUUAUUUCUGACGCGCCUACAACUACACAAGCUGCUGAUUCUGAGGAUGACACUCCAGAAGCUACGCAAACAGCAGUUAAUGAGGAGGCGCAACCCACCACAAAUGCGAAUACAACACCUGCUCAAGACGAGAGUGGACUUCAUGACAUCAUAACAACAGUAGGUCUAGAAGCCAAUGAGGAGGCACCAACUGAUCCAUCUGCUAAUGAAGAGUCAUCCACAGAUGAUUUCACAACCACAGAUGAAACUGUCACUAUAAAUCCAGGGUUUAACAUUGAGAAGACGUCAAUUGCAGAGCAGGAAACACAUGUGUUAAACCAGGAAACUCCCGUGAAGAGCAGGAUGGGACCACGGCAGAAUUCAGCACCUCUGUCAAACGACGAAAAUAAAAGCGAAGAUGUGCCUGCUUUGGGUGCCUCAGGGAGUGAUGCAGAUCAACAGCCCCAAAAGGCCAGCUCAAGCUCUUUAGCAGCAAUCCUUAGUGCGAUUGUUGUGUCUGCAGUGGGAGCAAUCGCUGGAUACUUCACCUAUCAACAGAAGAAGCUGUGCUUCAAAAAUAGACAGGAAGCAGACCCUGAGGCUCCACACAAAGCUGAUGCAGCAGAGGCUCGGUCAGAUCCCCAGGUUCUUAGCAACCUUCUGAACUCCUCCUAGACCUGAAACGAUCACCUUACCGCCCGGGCCAACUACAGUCUAACAAAGUGGCAAUCUCACUGUUCGGCUCUGUCCUCUGUAGAGCUAAAUUACUGUGAGGCCCCAGAGUAGGGCUGCGUGUUUCAGUCUGAAUUUCUAUGUCUGUAUGUUGCUCUACACGAGCUUGCGUGGAUGUGUCUCAGUGUGCGUGUGAAUAAUAUCCGUUCAUUCUUGUGUGUGCAUAAAUGUGGAAAGAAGGAGCUAGAAAAAGAUCAUGUGAUCUUUAGGGCUUUCAUUAUUGUUAAAAAAAUGUAUUAAAAUAAUUGGUCAAACACUCUACUUUAAACCAAAUUAUUAUAAUUUUUUUCAGAGUGGCCAUUAAAGAGAUUUAAUCUCAAUUUACGUAUAACCAUAAAAUGGAUGAAUUAUAUACCUACCUUUUAAUUUUAUUUAUAUGGCUACUAUUAAUUCAAUGUAAAUACAAAACAGUAACUGAAAUCGAUGUUGUAGGUGUUUAACUUGUAAUUGUUUCUUUGGAAUUUUAUACAAUUUUGCCAUUGUUGAACUGCCCGUAUGAUUUUAAAUCAUUUAGAUAAGACAUUUCUUUUUCAAUUAUCUAUAGUACAGAUGCAGGUUAACUGGAUAACAGGGGGACACAGUAGCAAGCAUUUUGUGGAGUCUGGUUAGGAGCUGUGGUAAAGGAUUUAAAGACGAGUAUUCUUGGGAUGCGUGGUCAAAUGUGUUUAGAUGACCACCGAUGUCACUGAAUGUGUGUGCUUGUUUUCUGAUAGGUGAAGGGGCUUGAUUUAAAAUCCUGUUAAGUGACCGUUUCUCCUCGGUCGGUUGAAUACAUUAAAAGAUGACACAAAUCAAAUACAGCCUAAGAUUCAAGUCAUAUUAAUUUAGGAAAUACCAAAAACAAGCCAACAAAAAUAUAUUGUGUAAACUUACUAAAGUACGAUGAAGUAAAGUCUAAUCCUGACAUGGACAAAUUCAAUGGAGGUCAUGUAGUAAUGUAUUAGACUUUGUUCUGAUGUAGUAUGUGUGUAGUUGUGAAGCAGUCUUUUUUUUUUUCUCUAUAGUGCCUUUCACUGACACAGCCUGGCUUGAGCAAUCUACAGACACACAGAGAAGAUAUACAGGGUGACAAAUUAAAGGAUGGUUUAUGCUGCAGGGAGAUUUUUUUGUUGCUGUUUCAAAUUUCAAAUUUCUGAGCUAUUCUAAAUUUAAAACAUUUCACUUUGAUGCCUGAAGUCUCUUACAAGAUGAAAAUACACCCAUCCAAAUUGCCUGUUUAAUUGCUUGGUAAGAAUGAAAAUAAUGGGAUCCAUAAACUAUGGACUUAUCAGUCUGAGAUCUCCCCCCAGGUCUCCAAUAACGUUAUCAAAAUACAUAAUGAGGGAAUAUUUUUUCAGAAGAAUAUUGUUUUAUUCCUCCAAUAGUUCCAGAGACAUGAACUGGCUUAACACUUUAAACACCCUUAAUGCUGGGUCAACCUUUAACUUUUUACCCAUCUGUUACUGAGAAGACAAGCAAACCAGUAGGAGGCUAUAACAAUGAAAGAGUGUUCUGUAUUCAUUCUUAAUCUGUCAUUUACGCAAUUACAUUUUUUAAAAUUAAACUGCUCAUGCAUGUAAAAUAAUAACACAAACAUAACAGCUGCUGUAUGUGUGUCCACAGUCGGGCCGUUUACAGUCUUAGUUAUUUUAGCUAAUCUUGCAAUCUAAACUCUUUCAACCACCUCCGCUGGUGGCAGAUGUAAAACUCUUCUCAUUGUGUGUCUCUUUAUUUGAACAAGCCAGCUGCUGUAACAGUGUAUUUUUAUUGUUCAUGUAUCCACAUUACAAACGCCAUUCACUUGUGAUUUUUUUAUAGGAAUCCUUUACAUUUAGCAGCCGUGCCUCGGAGCCGACAGAUUGUCUUUAGUCAACUUGUUUGCUGUGCUAUUUUGUUAAUAUUAUUGUAAAAUGCAAAGAAUGCAGCGCUACGGCUUUUUUCCAAAUGUAGCACACACACAAAAAAAUCGUAACUUCUGAAUGUCUUUUUUGUUGCCUUGAAGUUUUGUACUUGCCCUGCUCCCUUUAAACUUUGAUAUAUGGCUAUAGAGGCUGCAUAGUGCUGCAGGUCAUGUAAUGUGUGUUACUUGUAAAGCACCAUAUAGCUGCAAUACAGGACAGAGACUGUUGCUAACAGCCUAGCCUCAAGCUGAGAAAUGUUAAUAAUCUGUGAUCAAUUCCACUCUACAAACUGUGGGUCAGACGCAGUGUCAGCGAUCUGCCUUCUUAACCUGUAAUCUGUGACAGACAAAAGCUGUUUUCUCUUGUAACACUGAACUACGUAGAUAGUGUAUCAGGAGUGACAAUGCACAAAAAAUACCCACUCAAUAAUAAUAAUACAAAUAGGACUAGCCACCGAUGCCUUCAAAAUACAAAUUUUUUCUUUAAAUGCAGUACUGCCCUGCAGUGAACAAAAGCACUGAAAUGUCCUGCGAUGCUCUUUUAGAUAACUUCCUGUAAUGGAGACUCGUACAAUAAUCCAGAAAAAUUCGAUAUGCGUUGCUUGCACUGAGGACAUCAUGGUCAACAAUACAUUUUGCCGAAACACUCUCGGUCAAUAAUUCAGUCUUAUUUAUAUUAUAUCAAUUCACAACUACAGUCACCUCAUGGUGCUUGAUCCCAGCAAUACAAAGUAUCAGAACACAGCAUUCAAACCAGAAUGUAAACCUUGAGUGUUGUAAACUCAUUGGGUCCUGAAGUGCACUUGCCACAUAACACUAGGGCAUCAAUCAUGGCACUGACCAGUCCUGCCUUAUUCCUUAUAUGCUCUUGAAUAUUCCUGAUAGGAAAACAAACAAUAAUGUCAUCAUAAAAAAACGACACAGCGACACAAGCAGAGAUUUUUUUUGUAAUCUCAAUGGGAGAAGCACGUUCCUAUCCUGUAUACAUCUUGAUUUACUACACAUAUAUAGACAAUUCAUUUGUUCUUCUUCUGACUUCCUGUUUAUUUAAAUAUUCUGUGUGGUUUUUGUGUAGGAACUGUCCUUUUUAUUUUUGUCAUCUGGCACUUGUGUUCUUCUGGAGUUGUGUAAAUAAUGUUUGAGGAAUCAAUUAAACAGUUUUUGUGGGA